AUGCGUGUGGAAAUGAUGAGAAAAGUGGAUCCGGCUUGUGAGACCACCUCUAUCCCAGUUGAAACUACUACUGAAGCUGUCUACACAAGAACCGCUGCUGAUGUUCCAUCAACGACCACCACUCAGGACAAUGAGACUACCACCGACGCCUAUACAACGACCACUCAAGCUGAGACUACCACUAUAGUUGAAGCCACAACGACGGCUGCUGACGUGUCAUCGACUGCUCAAGAUUAUGAGAACUACACAACCACCACCACAGCUGUUGAUGUCCCAUUGACAACGACUCCAUUAAUUUGA